UAUUAAUGAAAGCGGUUGUUUAAAUCGGUGUUUGUUGAAUAGAAAUUUAAUUUUUUAGAAUAUUUAUUUUUAUUUUUUUUUUUAAAUUUCUUUUCUAUUAUAAUUUUCAAAACAAAGGUAAAAAUAAUAACGACGAUGUGAAGUAAAAUAAAAAAAAAUUUUUUAACUGUUUUUUCGUGAUCUACUUGAUGAGAUAAAUUAAUUAAGUAACGGGUUUAAUUGUUUGCUUUUUUAUUUCAUUUUAUACAUACAUACAUACAUACAUAAGUUCUAUUAUUACUGUUGUUGAUUUAAAUGGUGUAAAAGAAGAGCAUUUACUUUUUGUUUACUUUUAAAAAUAAGUCUAGAAUUCUUUGUGUAUUUUUUUCUUAUUUUGAAUAUAUUAUAGUUUACGGUUAAAAAGAACGAUACAAUGUGUAUGUGUAUGGAAAAAAAUUAACCUGGAAAAAUUAUCUGUUCCAUUUUUGAUUCACCUGUGCGAAAAAAAUAUCGCCUGGAGAAAAAAUACUUUUUCUGGUUAUUGUUCUUUUUUUAUAUUAUAUAUUAUGAAUGUAGGCAUACAUGGAACUACAUAUGUACAUAAAAGUAUAUAAUAAAAAUGUCUGCAAAUAAUAAUUAAAGAAAAUUACAAAAAAAAAAAAAAUGAAAUUAACUUAAAAAUUAAAAAAAAAAUUUUUUUUUGUGAAUUAAAUUGCAGUGAUUUCCGAUAUUUUGAAAUCUACUUUUUAUACGGUUCAAAUUUUGACAUAUUGGUGGUCAAUAAAAAACUAUAAUUAAUGAUAUUUAAUAAAAAUUAAUUUUUCUAGUGAAAAUUGUUUAAUAUAAUUAAUUAAAAUAUUAAAUAACGAAUUAUAUAGUGGCAAAAGAAAAAAAAAUAUUUUUUUUUGUAAAGUGAACAAUCAUAAAAAGUUAAUUAGAAACAGGUGAAAAAACAGGUGAAAUUGAUGUUAUAAAUUUUAAGCAAUAAUUUUUUUAAUAAUUUCAAGUAAAAAUAUGAAUUAAAUAAAAUUUAUAAAAUUAAUCAAAAUUAAAGAAAGAUGGUGUGAAGAAAAUCGCUAAUGAAACAUAAUAAGUUUAACAAAUUUUUCUUAAUAUAAUAUGAAAAAAAAUAAAAAAGAGCAAGAAAAAAAAGAACAGAAAUGUGACCAUAAAAAAUAUGAAAAAACAAAGAAAAUUUAAAAUAAAUAAAUAAAAUACAAAUGUGAAUUUUUAACAAAAUUAAAUAAAACAAAAUACAAAAAAAAUUCAUUCAUGGAAAAUUGAAACAAAAAAAAAAAUUAAUAAAAAUCUUAGAAAAUUAACGAGAAAUUAUAGCUGUUAUAAAAUACCGUUAAUGUUAAUAAAUUAACGGCAUAAUUUUCAACCCAUUUUUUAUUUUCUCAAACAGAAAAUAAACAAAACAAAGCAAAAAUUAACAAAAAAAAUACUUUGGUUCUAUUUUUUUUUCGGUGAUUUUGAAUAAAUAUAGCUGUACACAUAAUUAGAAUAAAAGUUCCGUUAAUCUCUUCAUUUAAUAUCUUAGAAAAACGCAAAAAUAACUACCAAUUAUUGAUUUUAAAAUGGCGCUCUUAAACGAAUGGUGAUCCUAAAUCAAUAUUUUGAAAAAAGUGAAAAAGAAAAAUGAUUCAAUGUAAAUCAAAAUAAGUAAGUGCUUAUAAAAAAAGAAAAUUUUUUAGUGCUCUUAGAAAAGUGCUUAAUAAGAAAUAAAACAAAAAAAAUUUAAAUUUAUACAUUUAAAAAAUUAUUUAAAAAAAAUACGUAUAAAGCAGAUUUUUGGGUGCAACGUGAAACAUAAAUAAAAUUUGGAUAUGAUGCCACCAGUUUUUUUUAGGCAAAAUGGUCUCUCAUCACAUCAUCAGCAUCCAGAAUGUGUCGGUGCUCCAUUAAAUGGACAUUUAAAUGGUGGUCAUUAUUCAAAAUAUAGACAAUGGAACAGUGGACAUGAACCAAUGACAACAAGUCUUUCGAGACAUUAUUCACAAGAAGCCAUAUCUAACGGUUCAAUACCAAAUGGUAGGCAACAACAACAGCAAUCACAACAUAAUGGUCUUCAUAAUGGUAAUGGUGUAAUAACAAGAGGCCCAGGAGGUUUACACGAAGAUUUAGAAUUUCCAAAUAAUAUAAAAACUUUAUCACGACGAAAAACAAUAACAUGGAUGCGACCUCAUGAUAUAUGCACUAGGCCAUUAUUUCGUUUAUCAUCAUCUGGUUGUGUAUUAACAUCUCGAGAACUACCAGAACCUGUUGGACCGGGUGAUCCUAAUUUAUUAGCUGCAAUAGGAUGCUUAUCACAAUUUCCUCGAUUAAUGGAACGUGUUGUUCCACCAGAACAGUCAUUUGAUGCUGCCAAUGGAUACUGCGGAAUGUUUCGAUUUCGUUUCUGGCAAUGGGGGCGAUGGAUUGAAAUUCGUGUUGAUGAUCGUCUUCCUACAAGAGAUGAUAGACCUGCCUACAUGCAUUGUGCUCAGCCAGAUAUAUUUUGGGUCGCAUUAUUAGAAAAAGCAUAUGCAAAAUUAUAUGGUGGAUAUGCAUUUUUAAAAUACGGUAAUAUUGGACGUGCAAUACAAGAUUUAACGGGAGCUGUUGUUCAAAGUGUACCACCAAGUGCACCAUUAUUGGGUGGUGCUGUACCAAGAUCAACUUUAUUGUUAGCAAUAUCAGGAAAUCUUGAUAAGAAUUCUUUGGUGAGAGAUAUUUACAAUUUUUGGAAAGAACAGCACGAAAAUAUUGAAUUUGCAAAUUUAGGCUGUCAGAAUUUUCUUGAUAAACUUUAUGCGGAUAAAGGUACAAAACGUCGCAGGACUGGCGGUCUGUUACCAGAACAUCCAUACUGUGUUACUGGUUUAGCAAGAGUACGUACAACAACAAAUAGUGAAUCAUCAGAACCAGGUAGUAGCAAUAUUGUAGCAAAUCCAAAUGAUACAAAUCUAGUAAGAUUACGUAGCCCAUGGGCUGGUGGAGAAUACGGUGGGGUUUGGCGCGGUGCAUGGUCUGAGAAGAGUUGGGAAUGGAAUGCAUUAAAUGAAAGAGAUCGAGAAUUAUUAGCAUCAAGAUCGCAACAUGAAGGUGAAUUCUGGAUGUCUGUACCAGAAUUUUUGCAAAGAUUUACUGUGAUAUGGCUGGCACACAUUGGUCCGGAUGAUUGGGCAUUAGAGCCAGCAUUACAUUCUAGAGCACCAUGGCGUGCAGCUUUAGCCAUACGACACUGGCGUGCUGGAUUUAAUGCAGGUGGACCACAUAAACAUGUUGAAACAACUAGUACAAAUCCACAAUUUCGUAUAAGAGUACCAGGUGGAAGUCCUGGAAAAGCUCAUAUUGUUGUUGCUGUUGCUCAAAAAUAUGAAUGCUUUCGUAUGCGUACUAAUGAAAUUGAACCUAUUGGUUUUACUAUAUAUGAAGUACCACCUGGCUUACCACGUGUCACACCGCAAUAUGUAAGUGAACAAAUGCCACUUGAUUUUGCUGAAUUGCAAAAUUUACGAGAAGUUGUAACAUUUUUUGCAUUACCACCUGGAGAUUUUGUUGUUUUACCACAUUCAAUUCAACAUCGUGAAGGAAAAUUUUUAUUAAGAAUAUUAGCUGAUCAACAUGCUGAUGUUUGGGAAGUCAAUGAAGAUAAUUUAGUAUUGCAUAAUUUAGCGGCUGAGUUCAGCGAUGAAAGAACCAUGGAUUAUAAACUUUUAUACAAAUUGAGAACACGAUUUCCACCGGAAAUUGAUGCAGCACAAUUACAACAAAUUUUAAAAUCAAGUUAUUGUGGUUUGACAAAAUCUUUUGUCUCCUUUAAUACAAUUAAUGGACCAUCAAUAGAUUUAUGUCGUGCUUUAUUAGCUUUAAGAGAUCCUGGACUUGGUGGACGUUUAUCAAUUGAAAGUGUUCCAUCAAUAAUAGCAUUGAUAAAAUUUUGGAAAGCUGCGUUUCGUCGCUGCAGUCCGAAUGGUAAUGGAACAUUAACAUUAACACGAUCAAUAUGGAAUACAAAAAUUUCUUCAUAUUUAUUAAGAGGUCUUUUAUGGACUGGAGGAGCAACAGUUAGCAAUAAAGUUUUAGAAGCUUUAGUUAGUCGUUUUACAAGAAAUAGAUAUAUAACAUUGGAAGGAUAUUUAAUGGCAAUGACAAGACUACAUUUAGCACAUGAACGCUAUCAUUCUUUAGAUGUAAAAGCCAAAGCUAAUCCAUUAACUCUCGAAGAAAUGAUUUUGAUGACAAUUUAUUCGUGAUAUUUUGCAACAGCUUUCAUACCGUUAUACUUUCAAUUACAAUUUAAAUUUUAAAAUUAUAUUAAAACUUUGUAGUUUUUUUUUUAUUUUUACAUUAAUUGAAUUCGUUUAGCUACAUGAAAAGCAACCUUCCAAAUAAAAUCAAAAUCUAAAACCAUAUAAGUGAAUUAUAGAAUUUUAAGUGAAAACUGAAGUCGUUUAAAUUAAAUAUUGUAUAAAAUUAUAAAAAAAAAAGUUGAACUAAUAUAUUUAUUAUAAGCUUAUUAAUUACAAUUAGCCAAAGAAUUAUU